AUGAACCUCGAGCAAUUCCUGACAUACAUACAAGGCGGCGCGUAUGAGGUGGCCAAACAGUUGCUUCAAUUCGAGUUGCAAAACGAAGAUCGCAAGCAGUUGAGACUAGUGUCUCGAGCCAUCAACCUCGUCGUCUUGGAGCAUCCUAUCCUCACCACGCUGUACGUCUCCACACUUCCACCAGACUUGAGCUAUCUAGAAGUAAUCUCCCACAACGAAAAGUUAUUGAGACAUGUAUCAACGCUCGUGUGGGAUCAUUCAGCUUUCAACCUUUGUUUUUUUCUUCCGGGAGAGGCAUACCAAAACUAUGUGUGGAAAAACAGCCUUGUGCAUUGCGUGGGAGAAGUUAGAGGAAAGUUUAUCAUGGGUGUAUGGAAGUCUCAAGCCAUAUCUCAGAGAAAAAAUAUCGAAAGUAGUCGGGACGCUGCUUUGCUCACAAAGAUCAUACCAGCCCUUAAGAGUGUUCGAUCCAUCAUAUUCGCUGCGCAUUUCUACCAUUCAACCAGGGAAUCACCCAGCUCUAGGACAUACAAAAACUCGGUUCCUCCUGAAGCAUGUCUGCCGAUCGCAGCAUACUGGCUAAAGAUUGGCGAAGCCUACCUCCCCGACCCAGAACCGGAUAUGGACGAAGAAAUACAGGCGGAAAUUUCAAGCGGUUUCUGGGACUCUCUUUGUGUGCGGGGGCCGGAAGUUCUCCAUAACAUAUUAUCACACGGAGAAUGGAACGGAGAUUUGACUCAUAGGACAUGCUUGCAACACUUGUUUCCUAAAUUGGAGAGAAUAGAUCUGGAUCACAUGCCGCCCGAAUUCCUCUCUUUGUCGAGAGGAGGACCAGUCUGUAAAGUUCUACAGGAAUCCACAAGCGGGAUCCGAGAACUAAGCUUAAGGGUAUCACUUCCGGAUGCAUUGGACGCACAGGUGCAGUUCCUGACAGAGAUCAAGUCCGUGGUCAAGAUGUAUUCAACGUCGCUGCAGUAUCUGGUGGUGGAACUCGAUUCGUUCUGCAGCAAUGGCGAACGUCUUCCUUUGAUACCCGCAAUGACCGAACUGCUACCACAACUUGGUGUGUUAUCAAACCUGACGAUUUGGAUGUCUUCCCUAUACACAACAUCCACACAACUUGCGGACUUCAGCAAGGCCGUUGAAGCUUGCAAGCCAUUGCAAUCCCUGGAAUUGUUUGAGCUGUGUCUAGAAGAUGAGCGCUGGGAGGAUGUUUUGAGCUUGUGGAAGCAGUCCGGGGACUUGAAUGGCCUGGAUAGAAUCUGGCUCGCAGGUGUCCUCUGCACUUACCAGACAAAUGGCAGCCUGAAAUCGAAACGAUCUUACCAACCCAGGUCGGGCUCUGCUAUUGCGGAUUGGUUGAAUGGGAAAGCAAGCGAGUUUCCUCUUGAGUCAUUUGGUUCGGAGGACGAUGACUGA